CGAAAGGCUCAGGGGUAGAGCGAUGGGGAACGUCAGUUUGUUCACAGACUUGAUGGUUUCCGGACUCUGAUGCCGACCCACCAAAGCUGUAACGACACUAUUUUUCAUUCCGUACAUAUCCACCAGCGACAUAUCGUAAUUACACUGGCUGACUGGACAUUAAAUUCUCCGUGAGAAUCGAUCAUACACGUGAACAGAUGCGAGUGACAAUGGGGUUGAUUACGGUGCUGUUAUUACACUCGUGUGGAUUUAUUAUGAUGACAGUGAGUGGCCAGCGGUUUGCCGACUAUCCAAUGCCACCACAGACCACAGUAAUCAGUCGUGUUGGAUACAGAGAUCGUCGAAAUAAACCUGAACCAACGUGCGAGGAAUUGAGGGCCAUGUGGAGAUACAGCAAGAGACAGAGCAGAGCUGCUGAAUCGACCAAUGAUUUGCCAAUGUAUCGUGAUCCAUUUUCCUACAAUAUUUGGGAGACUUAUCCCGUCCGGUCGCAGCUCUCAUUCGGCUACAGAGAUACAGAGGAGCAGGCACGCAACAGAGGCGGAGGCCGUGCUCCAGUUUACGGUAAAAUGGUGCACAAAGCUCCGGCUGAAGGUAGACUACGUAAUGGAAUGCCAAAUCGUAUGAAAGCAUUUGAGGAAGUUGCACGUAUGUAUGGAACUGUUAAUCAUCAGCCACCGGAUCAACGAAGACGUCAAUACAACUUUCGCGUUGGCGGUGGUGCGUCAAUAUCGCGGGUACCCCAGGCUGGAAGUUUUCAGCAUUUGAAGGAACUCAUUCGUACUGAACGCGCACGUGAAUUACAAGAUCAGAGGAUCGCUGAGGAAAUAGCAGCGAGAUCAGCGGCUCUAGGGGAACUCAACAAAAAUGAUAGAAGCAGUGAAUCAGAAGCCCACAGGCAUUACCCGAAUUCAGUACAAUCAUACCAAGAACCAAAGAGCGUCAAUUACAAUUUUCCACCAGGCCAAUAUUUAUCGCGUUUAACGAGUUUGAACGAUGGACUAUUGAGGAACGAUGACUACGAGAGAGAGUCAAUGAUUCGUCAAUAAUCCAGUGGCAGUGAUUUCGAGAGAAGCAAUCUACUGCCCUCCGUUUAAAUGGUAACUAAAAUUCUACAACGGCGAUCUGAAGAUUCUCCCCGAGAAUCAGGUACUCCUCUUUUAUUGUUCACCUGUUACUCGAGAUUUUGCAAAUUCGCUCGAAUAAUGUUCGAGGAAUUUUUAUGGAUAUGAAUUAGGAAUUACGAACAUAUCCGGUUUAUCUUUAGAUUAGUGGAAUGAGGAGAUUGGUGGAGGGAAUCGAGUUAAUUACCUCGAACCUGGUGGGUGGAAAAAACUUCAAUGUCGAUUUAUGGAUUUUUUAUGAAAUAUCUAUGAUUCAAGUGGAAUCAGUGGGAAAUGUCAGACAUAAUACGCCAACGCACUUCAACGGCUGAUAUCUCCAAAACCGUUACAGAUUAUUUUAUGUUCUAUAAAAAUGAUUUUGGGAAUUUUUUCUCUAAACUCAGUAUUUCCUGAGAUAUUCCCGGGACGACCUGUACAGAAAAAAAAAUUUUAACAAACCCUUGAGAGAAUUUGCCUGGCUCUUUCCGCUCGCAAAUUCCUUCAUUAUUUUUAUAAUCAAUCAACUGCAACCCGAUAAUUACUUGGACAUAUAUCUCCGAAACUUCUGGUUUUAUUAAAAAAAAUGCAUGAAUCAAAUUUACAGGAAAUUUAUUUAUUCGUAAAAAAAAAUUUCUGACAUUUUCCUCUGAAUGGAAUAUUUCCCGAGAUAUUCGCGGAGGAAUGCAUACAUAAAAUCUGAACAUCAACGAAUUCACAAGAAAAUUCAUUUAAUUUUUCUUCCCUCCGGAGAAUUCUUUACACAAAAUAAGUGCAGCUGAAAUAAAUGACCUUUCCUCCUCAUUUCACGGUUUCUCCUCAAUACUCGUGCAUCCCACGUCGGGGAGAAUCAUUAAUUUAGAAGCGGAGAACUACAAACAGGCAACUCGUGCAAUAUUAAUUAUCCAAAUACGAGGAGUUUAAUUAAAAAAAUGAGUUACGUGGUUGAGUGGGUGCGAUAAAUAAUCCACCACUGGGGAUACCACCCGCAUAAUAAUUCUCCAGCCGAAACAUUUAGUUGAAAAAUUUCAAUUGGUAAUCAAGUGGAAUAAAACAGAACCCACGAGCUCCCAAUAUAUCCUGAUGAGGCUAUUAAUUAUAUCAAUUGAUUUCCCUUAAUUACAUGUUACGUAAGUUACGAUCGAGAGUCGAUCGAUAUUCUCGUACGUCUGUCACCCGAGUUCGAUAAUAAAACACGAAGAGACGAGAUUUUUCGAUAAUCACGAGUUCUCAGACUGUAGAUUACUAAUCAAUUUUAUGAGGGGAAUUUCCACUAUCAAAGGGCCGAGUGAAAAAAUAUUGAACCUUUUGAAAAAUGCAAUCACGCGUCAAGAAAAUGCAUAAAAAAAUCCUGCG